UCGUAACGUGAAAAGCAAAAGAAUAAGGAAAUGGCAAAAUCUCCUGAAACUGAGCACCCUGUCAAGGUUUAUGGAUGGGGUUCAAGAAACUCAUCUGGGGUUUUAGCUCCAAUCAAUUUCUCCAGAAGGGAGACCGGAGACCAUGAUGUGCAGUUCAAAGUGUUGUAUUGCGGGGUCUGCCAUACGGAUCUUCAUGUGGUCAAGAAUGAUUGGGGCUCCACUCAGUAUCCAAUUAUUCCUGGGCACGAGAUUGUAGGUGAAGUAACUGAGGUUGGUAGCAAGGUGGAGAAAGUCAAGGUUGGGGACGAAGUGGGAGUAGGAUGUUUAGUUGGAUCAUGUCGCCAGUGUGAUCAGUGCACCAAUGGUCUUGAAAACUACUGUCCAAAAGUUAUAUGGACCUAUGGCUCCGUUUACACUGAUGGUACCCCAUCACAAGGAGGUUAUUCUAAUUUAAUGGUUGUUGACGAGCACUUUAUUGUUCUUUGGCCCAAGAACUUUCCCCUCGACGCUGGUGCUCCUCUCUUAUGUGCUGGGAUUACGACUUACAGUCCCUUGAGGUACUUCGGAUUUGACAAGCCGGGAAUGAAUAUUGGUGUUGUUGGGCUUGGCGGGCUUGGCCAUGUAGCUGUGAAGUUUGCCAAGGCUUUUGGUACUAAUGUUACAGUUAUCAGUAAAUCUACUAAUAAGAAGAAGGAUGCUAUUGAAAAACUUGGUGCAGACUCUUUUUUGGUUAGUCGUAAUCAGGAGGAGAUGAAGGCUGCAGCUGGGACGUUGGACGGGAUCCUUGAUACUGUAUCUGCUACUCACGCCCUUUCACCCUUGAUUGGUUUGUUGAAGCCUCAUGGAAAGAUGGUACUGCUUGGUGCUCCGGCACAGCCACUCGAGUUGCCAGUGUUUCCCUUGCUUACAGGUAAGAGUUUCUCAUUCUCUUGGUCCUUUGGACCCUUAAGCAUGUCUGUAUAAGCUUAAUAAGUUACAAA